UGCGUGGUUCCGACGACGACACGUUUCGCACCAUGAGCUCCAGCGCCUUCACGAACGACCCCUUCAAGGUGAACAGCAAGGACGUCAAGUACACGGCCACCCACAUCGAAGCCAACUACACGUACCAAACGACGUACGUUGAAGGCAACGUUGCCACCCCUGUUGCUGAACAAUAUUUGUUCAAAACAUCUACCAAGAUCCCCAAGUUGGGGGUGAUGAUUGUCGGCUUGGGUGGAAACAACGGGUCGACCUUGGUGGCUGGUGUGUUGGCAAAUAAGCUCGGCAUCACGUGGAGCGACAAGGAUGGUGAACACAAGCCGGACUACUUUGGCUCCAUUACCCAGUCUUCCACCGUACGUCUUGGCACGAACUCGGAAGGCCGUGGUGUGUAUGUGCCCUUCAAGAACAUGUUGCCCAUGGUCAACCCGAACGAUUUGGUGAUUGGCGGUUGGGACAUUUCAGCCCACAACUUGGCUGAUGCCAUGGUCCGCGCCAAGGUGUUGGACUACGACUUGCAACGCCAAUUGAUUCCGCAUUUGGAAAAGAUCACGCCUUUGCCGUCGAUCUACUACCCCGAUUUCAUUGCGGCGAACCAAGCUGACCGCGCCAACAACGUGCUGACUGGGUCGAAGCAAGACAACCUGAACCAAAUCCGCCAACACAUUCGCGACUUCAAGCAAAAGAACUCGUUGGACAAGGUUAUUGUGUUGUGGUCGGCCAACACUGAGCGCUUUUCGGAUAUUGUCGAAGGCGUGAACGACACGGCCGACAACUUGUUGGAAGCGAUCAAGAACGGCGAAGACGAAGUGUCGCCCUCGACUGUAUUCGCUGUCGCAUCGAUAUUGGAAAACACGUCGUAUAUCAACGGCAGCCCCCAAAAUACGUUUGUGCCCGGUGCUAUCGAGCUGGCUGAGCGCCACAAGGUGUUUAUUGGAGGUGACGACUUCAAGUCUGGUCAAACCAAGAUGAAGAGCGUUUUGGUUGACUUUUUGGUCGGUGCCGGCAUCAAGCCCGUGUCGAUUGUGAGCUACAACCACUUGGGAAACAACGACGGCAAGAACUUGUCUGCGCCGCAGCAAUUCCGCAGCAAGGAGAUUUCCAAGUCGAACGUUGUGGACGACAUGGUGGACUCGAACCGCAUUUUGUUCGAUAAGGAUGAACACCCUGACCACUGCGUCGUCAUCAAGUACGUGCCAUUUGUCGGCGAUUCGAAGCGCGCCAUGGACGAAUACACGUCGAAGAUCUUCAUGAAUGGCACGAACACGAUUGCCAUGCACAACACUUGCGAAGACUCGUUGCUGGCGACGCCGCUCAUUUUGGACUUGGUGAUUAUUUGCGAACUGGCCGAACGCAUUGAAAUCACCAAGCAAGGCGGGUCGACGGAACGCUUCCAUUCUGUGUUGUCGAUCCUGAGCUACCUGUUGAAAGCUCCCCUCGUCCCCCGCGGCACCCCCAUCGUGAACGCUCUGUUUGCUCAACGUGAAUGCAUUGUGAACAUUUUGCGAGCAGCCCUUGGCCUCCCUGCUGAAAACUACAUUCAGUUGGAAAACAAGUUGGCCAGCGAAAUCAACAAGCGCAGUCAUGCGUAAGUUAUGUAGGACGAGCGAGAGGAAGAUAACACGAUGUUUUUAUGCUUUUUGAUGGCCAAG